AUGGCUACAAGGCAACCAUCAUCUUUUGAUGAUCUUUCAGAAAUCAACAACAUAACAGAAGAGCUUCUUGUAUCAGCACUUCGAGAUCGAUUUUUACAAGACCAGAUAUACACUCGUGUUAGAAAUUCAUUACUAAUCGUAGUCAAUCCGUAUAAAGACUCUCGUGCAGAAAUUCAGGAAACAAGUGAAAGAUAUUUAGCGGAAUACAAAAAUACAGAUGGUAGAGAGAAGCUACCUGCUCAUAUAUUUCAGCAUGUGAACCAGGCUUACUUUCAUAUGAGAAGAACUGGAAGUGAUCAAACCAUUGUCUUAAGCGGUUUAUGUGGAAGUGGUAAAUCAGAGAUGCACCAAUGGGCUUUAUAUCAUUUAGUCACACUUAGUAAUCCGAAAAAGCCAUCAAAAGUGCAACAGUUAGUUCAGAAAGCUUACGGGGCUUUGGAAGCCUUUGGACACGCCAAAACAACAGUGAACGACAAUGCAUCAAGAUUUGGAAAGUAUCUGGAAUUACAGUUCAGCGAACGAGGUCGUAUGGUGGGAGCCAAAUUUCUUGAUUAUAUGCUUGAGAAAUCGCGCGUAGCACAUACCUGUGGUGAUGAGCGAAAUUUCCAUAUAUUUUACUAUGUUUUGCAUGGCUCGACGUCUGAAGAAAAGGCCUUAUUACAUUUAAAUGAAGCCUCCUCUUAUUUAUAUUUAUUUAAAACAAAGGAAGCUGCAAGAUUAGCCGGCGGUCUGGUUUUAGAAGACACAGAAAAAUAUAACGAAUUAAAAUUACUUUUAAGGUCUUUGGGCAUCAACAAAGUGACUAUGCUCCAGAUCACUCAAAUUAUUUCUGCCAUUUUACACCUUGGCAAUUUACAAUUUAUCGACGAUGCGACGAAUAUGCAAGAUUCAGCCAUUGUGAAAAACACAGCCGAGUUGGACAUUGCAGCUGAGCUACUUGGUGUGGAAACAAAAGCAUUAGAGACCUGUCUUACCUAUCAAACAAAAUUAAUUAAACGUGACUUGACAACCAUAUUUUUGAAUGCGGAGCAAGCGUCUGUGCAACGAGAUGCACUUGCAGAAGCACUCUAUUCGCUUUUAUUUGCCUGGUUGGUCGAAAGUUUCAACAAGAAGCUGUGUAAAUCAGAAUUUCAAAAUUUCAUUGGCAUCAUCGAUUUCCCAGGGGCUACACCAGUGCUACAGAAUGGGUCCUAUGAUCAGUUUUGCGUGCUCUAUGCGAAUGAAAGACUGUAUCACUAUAUGCUACAUCAAUUAUUUGAAAGAAAUACUGAGGUGUAUUCUAUUUUGAAUAUGCCUGUUCCAGCAUUUAAAGGUGUCAAUGAUGAAUGUGUUCAACUCCUGACUGACCCUCAACAAGGUUUAAUUGCCACCCUAUGUCGCCAAUCACUCACCACAGAUCGCCCUGAACGUUGCUUAGAUACAUUUAGACAACAUUACCGCAAAGACCCAUGUUUAGGCUCAAAAACCGUCUUUGGCGAAAAGGAAGACAAAUUCACCAUCCAGCAUUUCACGGGUACCGUUGCCUAUUCUCCACUGGAAUUUGGUACGAGGACUACCGAGACGUUAUGUGCCGAUUUUAUGUCAUUAUUUGGAACACAGCAACGAGGCAGCAUGCAUGAUGCACCGACCAAUGGAUUGGUGACAAAGCUAUUUUCUCAAAAGACGAUCACAACCGAACGACACCCCAAGAGUACGCACAUUGUAUCUGGCCAACAGUCUGCCAAGCCUCAUCGAUCGCCGUCAGUUAAGCGAAAGUCCACCACCGCCAUCGAAAAGCCAAGCACGCCAUUAACCAAUAGCCGUGCGGGGCAGUUGAGUGAGGGAGUUCAAGAUAUUAUAUCGUCCCUGGGAGCGACCAAGACCUGGUUUGUACUUUGUCUUCGUUCCAACGAUCUAUUAUUACCGCACUCAUGUGACUCCAAAAAAUUAACGGCCCAAUCCAAACUUUUUAAUUUGAUGUCGCUGGUUAUACGAGCCAAGCAUGAAUACACCAUUCAAAUGGAUCUGCAGGAAUUUUGUGAUCGAUAUGUGGAUUUGAUACAUGCAACGUCUGUUGAUUUAGAUGCUGAGCCCAGAGACAAGUGGCUAGCCUUACAAGACGCAUUUCAUUGGAAUGAAAAAAUGAUGAUGCAGGGUCAAGAUAAGGUCUUUUUGACAGAGACUACAUGGUCGUUUUUAGAAAACAAACUUCGAGCUAUGGAAAAACGUGAACAAAGAAGAGCACGAUGUAUAGCAAAAGGAAUACCUUUUGUUGACGAUGAUCUUUUAUGCGAUGACAUGAGUCAAGCAUGUUCACAACUUGUACCACCUUCUUGUAGAUCUAUCACGGAAGCAGGAUCGAUAUAUUCGGAAGAAUGCUUUGACGGUUGCUUUGAGGAAGAAUCUAAUUCGAUUUGCUCACAUCAAUGUGAUAAUAGUAGCGUAAUUCAGACUACCAUUACAGAUGAUGGAAAGCAGCAGCAGUACCGUCAUCUUUUUGAAGACGAGGAAUCCGAAGACAUGAUGCUUAAAGAAGAGCAACAAAAAUCCAUUGCGGAAAUGUCUGAAGAAAAAGGAAAGAAGGAAAAAGAAAAAGAAAAGAAGAACAAGGACGCGCCACGAAAAACGAGCCGCUCAAGAGGGUGUUGGGUGAUUAUGACUUGGAUGACAACGUGGUGGAUUCCCAGUGUGGUCAUGAAUCGUCUAUGUGGUAUGCGUCGAGCCGAUAUUCGAAUGGCCUGGAGAGAAAAGUUGACACUCUGUGGCUUGAUUUUCUUACUGUGUGCCGUCAUGAUUUGGUUCAUUGCUUUCUUUGGCCGUUUAGUUUGUCCCCACCAAGACUUAUUUACCCAGUCUGAGUUGCAGGCUAAAAGCAGUAGAGAUGAUGCGUACGUUGCUAUUCGUGGAGAGGUGUUUGAUUUGACUUCCUUUGCGCCUCGUCAUUGGGCUUCUGAAGUUAUUCCAACAAAUGCUUUGUUCCAAUAUGCUGGGCAAGACGCCAGUGAUCUUUUUCCCGUUCAGGUCUCUGCUGUAUGUGAUGGCAUUGAUGGGACGGUUCCCAAAGAAGUGACCAUUGAUGCACAUAUCAAUAUCACCGACUCAAAUGCAGUCUAUCAUGACUUCCGAAACUUUAGAGAAGACUCCCGACCCGAUUGGUAUUUUGAACAAAUGGUCUAUUUAAGAAGAAACUACCGUAUUGGAUUUAUGGGUUAUGAUCCUGUAGACAUCAAAAACCAAGCUUCCUAUCCUGUUCAAAUCGGUGGUAUCAAUGCCCAGCGACAGUGGGCAAUAUUACACAACAAUGUGUUUGAUUUGACCUCAUACAUGAUGGGUGGCCGUGUUCCUCGUGCAGCAGAUGGUGAAACCGUGCCAGCCAGCAUCAACAUGGAUUUUAUAGACAAUUCGAUUACUGAAUUAUUUAGACAAUUAGCUGGUACCGAUAUUUCUGCUCAUUUUGACGCACUUCCUCUCGACAAACAAGUGAGAGAGCGUCAAUUGAUCUGUAUGCGAAAUCUGUUUUUAGUGGGAAAGGUUGACACCCGAAACUCAUUGCAAUGUUUGUUCUCGGAAUAUCUCUUACUGCUGAUUACAGGGUUUCUUUGUAGUGUCAUCCUGUUCAAGUUUUUAGCAGCUUUAGGUCUAGGAAGUGAGCGUAUACCCGAAGAGUAUGACAAGUUUAUUAUUUGUCAAGUGCCCUGUUAUACUGAGGGAGAAGAGUCACUUCGAAAGACUAUCAAUUCAUUAGCAGUAUUGCGUUACGACGACAAAAGAAAACUGUUGUUUAUGAUUGCCGAUGGUAUGAUUGUUGGCAGUGGAAAUGAUAGAUCUACCCCAAGAAUAGUUUUAGAUAUAUUAGGCGUGGAUCCCAACAUAGAUCCUGAGCCAAUGUCUUUUUUGGCGCUUGGUGAAGGACGAAAGCAGCAUAACAUGGGCAAGGUCUAUUCUGGUCUCUUUGAGUGCUCGGGUCAUGUGGUACCGUUUGUUGUGGUGGUGAAAGUCGGAACACCCGAAGAAAGACAAAAGCCAGGUAACCGUGGUAAACGUGAUUCCCAAAUGGUGUUGAUGCGAUUCCUAAACAAGGUUCAUUUUGACUCACCGAUGACCCCUCUCGAAUUGGAGAUCCAUCAUCAACUUAAAAAUGUGAUUGGUGUUAACCCUGGGUUUUAUGAGUUUGUGCUCAUGGUGGAUGCAGAUACAGAAGUACUUCCUGAUUCUCUCAAUCGCAUGGUCUCAUGCUUUGUUAAUGAUUCGAAAAUUGUUGGUUUGUGUGGUGAAACCAUGUUGUCUAAUGAAAAAGACACUUGGGUGACUAUGAUUCAAGUCUACGAAUAUUAUAUUUCGCAUCAUUUAGCAAAGGCAUUUGAGUCUCUCUUUGGAUCUGUUACAUGUCUUCCUGGAUGUUUCUGUAUGUACCGUAUUCGAUCUACCACGCGAAAUCAACCUCUGCUUGCUUCUAACCAGGUUAUUAACGAUUAUGCUGAAAAUCAUGUGGAUACGUUGCACAAGAAAAACUUGCUGCAUUUGGGUGAAGACAGAUAUCUUACCACGUUGAUCCUGAAACAUUUUCCUAAUUACAAAACAAAGUUUACUCCCGACGCAGCAUGUAUGACAAAUGCCCCUGAUCAAUGGCCAGUUUUACUAUCACAACGUCGUAGAUGGAUCAAUUCCACCGUUCAUAACUUGGGUGAGCUCAUGUUCUUACCACAAUUAUGUGGUUUCUGUUGUUUCUCGAUGCGUUUUGUAGUCAUGCUAGACUUGUUGAGUACUUUAGUUAUGCCGGCUGUGGUUUGCUAUUUAGGUUACCUUGUUUAUCAGCUUUGUACAAACUCAAAUCAGGUACCUCUCAUGUCAAUUAUUACGCUGGCAGGUGUGUAUGGUCUUCAAGCUAUUAUUUUUAUACUUCGACGCAAAUGGGAGCAUGUCGGUUGGAUGAUUGUUUACAUACUUGCUAUUCCGGUGUUUUCGUUCCUGAUUCCACUCUAUGCAUUCUGGCAUUUCGACGAUUUCUCUUGGGGUAACACACGUAUCGUUGUUGGUGAAAAAGGUCAAAAGAAAGCUGUAGGUCCAGAAGAAGGCAUAUUCGAUCCAGAGUCUAUUCCCACCAAAUGCUGGUCUGAGCAUGAGCAAGAUUUGAUGGAAGAAUGGGAGAAGGAGACGAAUUGCUCCAAGCACAGCAAAGAAUCCGAGUGCUCUUGUGAAAAGCAUGAGGAACAUGAACAUGAGCAAGAGCAAGAGCUUUCACAUACUCACUCACAUUCACAUACACAUUCACGCUGUUCUUCAGCGUCUUCUUCGCCUGCUCACUCGCAUUUUGCUGAAGACAAUGAUGAAGAAGAAGAUAAAGAUGUUGCAUGUUCUUUAUACAGUAAAUGCAGUACGUCGAAUCUUACGCAUCAUCCACAACAGCACUCUGCUGGAUCCAUCAUGUCGCACACGCCUAGCUAUAAUUACGCCAGUAGUCGUCGAAGUGUUCCGAGAGUGGGAAGUAUUGUUGGAGGCGGUAGCAGCAUCCAUACGGAGACCUUUAAUAGUGCUCAAAGCUUUACAAGGGCACCGUCUGUUGCGGGGUCUCACUCAUUCUUUGCAGUACCAAAUGAUGCAGUGAUCAUUCAAGAGAUUGAAAGGAUAUUAGAUCAUAACGAUCUUAUGCAAUUGACAAAAAAGCAAGUCCGUGAUACAUUGUCUGACAUUUUUGGCAUGGACAUGAAUUGUAGAAAGGAUUUUAUUAACAAAUCUAUUGACCAAUCAUUGUCACUUAGACUUUAACAAGCUAAAGUCCUAUUUUAGCUUUGUCUCCCUUCUUUUUGUAUUUUCUCCAAACUCCCAAAUUUUUAAUUCUUUUAUUUUUUCAAGUAACUCAUUAC